CCCACCCCACCUCCAACUCUGUUGGCUAGUGACUGGUUUCUACCUCAGCUGGACAGAUCUUCAAAAUAAGACAUACACCCUGUUGGAAUUAUUUAUUUCUUUUUUUUCUGUUUUUUUUUUUUUUACGUGGAAAUUUUCAGAGGGGUGGGGGUCACACGUGUCUCCACUUGUGUCGCCAAGUGGGGGGGCUGCCAAAGUCAUGCCGGCCGGGUUUCAGCAACUGGGAGGAGAGACGGUGACUGGAACCCUCGGACUGUCCGUCUUCACCGCCGUACUGGGAUCACUGGAGUUUGGAUACAACAUUGGCGUCAUUAAUGCACCCCAGAAGAUCAUUGAAAAAGACUACAACGCAACGUGGGUGCAUCGCUAUGGACAGUCCAUCCCGACCGGGACGCUUACGUCCUUGUGGUCUCUGUCUGUGGCCAUCUUCUCUAUCGGGGGCAUGCUGUCCUCCUUCUGUGUCGGUUUUGUUUCGGAGUGGUUGGGAAGGAGGAAGGCCAUGCUCAUCAACAACCUGCUUGCCUUCAUGGGUGGUAGCCUGAUGGGAAUGUCCAAACUGUGUCGCUCCUUUGAAAUGAUGAUUCUCGGACGCUUCGUCAUUGGCGCCUACUGUGGGCUGGCAUCAGGCUUGACCCCCAUGUACGUGGGUGAAAUUGCACCAACCAGCUUGCGGGGGGCACUGGGUACGCUGCACCAACUGGCCAUCGUUACUGGGAUUCUCAUUGCACAGAUCCUGGGCCUGGAGUCGUUACUCGGCAGCGAGGACCUGUGGCCCGUCCUAUUGGGCCUGACGGUGGUGCCGACCGUCCUCCAGAUGGGGCUAUUGCCUUUCUGCCCCGAGAGCCCUCGCUUCCUAUACAUAGUACGCUGCCAGGAACACCAUGCCAAGCGUGGCCUAAGGAGGCUGACUGGCCGACAGGAAGUGGGCGACCUGCUAGCGGAGAUGAAAGAAGAGAAGAGGAGGAUGGACAUGGAGCGCAAAGUGUCCAUUUUGGAGCUCUUCCGCUCACCAGUGUACCGCCAACCCAUGGUUAUUUCCAUCCUGUUGCAACUUUCCCAGCAACUAUCCGGCAUCAACGCGAUUUUCUACUACUCCACCAGUAUCUUCACCAAGGCCGGAGUCCAAAGUCCAGUUUACGCCACAAUAGGAGCCGGCAUCGUCAACUGCGCUUUCACUGUAGUGUCGCUCUUCCUGGUUGAGAGGAUGGGUCGGAGGACGCUACACAUGCUCGGACUCAGCGGCAUGUGCAUCUGUGCCGUUAUCAUGACUGCAGCACUCAGCUUAUUGGAUAGCGUUCCAUUCAUGAGCUACAUUAGCAUGCUGUCCAUUUUCGGCUUUGUGGCUUUCUUCGAGGUGGGGCCGGGUCCAAUCCCGUGGUUCUUUGUGGCCGAAUUGUUCUCCCAGGGUCCCAGACCGGCCGCCAUGGCUGUGGCUGGCUGCUCCAACUGGACUGCCAACUUCAUUGUUGGCAUGUGCUUCCAGUACGUUGCUGAUCUUUGUGGUCCGUACGUCUUUUUGAUCUUCGCUGGUCUGCUGCUGUUCUUCCUGGUAUUCACGUUCUUCCGUGUUCCUGAGACGCGAGGCAAAACAUUUGACCAGAUUGCGGCCAACUUCCUGCAGCACUCCGCUGACGGCAUGAUGGACAUGAAUCUGGACCUGAAUAUGGACAAGGCCAGCACGGAACUGGACUACUUAGGGGAGGAAAUCAUGGACUGAGAACGUUGCAGAAUAAGAGAGAAAGAGAGACUCCCUUGUAGUGAAAAUGUGUUUCGCAUUGUAUUGUUUCUAAAUGGUGUGUGGUGUUCUCCAGAUACUUAAAUAUUCUUUAAUUCCACAAAUGGGAUUUCCUGCACUUUAACGCCAGAUACUGGAACUUAUAGCAGCUUUUUCAACUUAUGCAUGUCUGCCUAUUUUUUGUAUUCCAUAACAUAGCAAAUAAAGAUGGGCAUCAAACCA